UGGUGAAGGCUGUAUUCCCAAGUUCUUUUAAUUGAUCGAGUCACUAUUUUUCUUCCUUCUCAUUACGGGCAUUAAAAUAUUCACUUCGAAGUGUGUACGCGACUGCCCGUGUUGACGUUGCUGCGUGUGCAGUGCGACUUUGCUCCUCCAUUUGCGCGAUUGUCGGGGAACGUUUGGGGAUCGCAUUUUGCGCGACGGCUGUCACGUCGACGCCAAAUUCGAUUAGCGAGUUUUUACAUUGCAUUUCAAGCCGUGGACACGUGGAGACGGUAUUUGCGUCAAUUGCGAUUGGCAACGAGCGGUGUUGACUUGGUCGGAAACGUCCCUGUCAUUUUUUUUUUAUAUAACAUACAUACGGUGUAGAUUACGUGGAUUAUAUUCUUAGCCGUUCAUUUCAUCACUUCCUCUCACGCUGACUCAUCCUAGGAUGUAUCAAUGAGAGACAAAUGAUGCGCAGAGAAAUAUAUCGAUAAGAAGGAUCUAAAAGACUUGGUUUGUUCUCCAGGAUGUACAAUACUUCAUGAGUGUCAUUCGAUCAACCUAUUAAAAUGGAAGACGAGGGGUACUUUCAGCCAAUCUUGAGCUCUCAGGAGGAAGACAAUUUUCAGCCAUUGAACACUGUGUCAAUCGUGUCGAUUCCACUUUUACUUGGUGUCUGCUUGGAGAUCUGUGGGAUUGUGUUUGUGUCGAUUUGGCCGGAGGAACAGAACAAAUGCGACACGUAUUUUAUAUACUUGUACCUCCACUGUGCCUACUGGCUAAUAGUCAUGGCGAUAGACCACGUUGUCAAGGCGAGACACCACAGUUUGCGUAUUAAUGGGUAUCUAGAUUUCUAUCAGUCGACGUAUCAACUUAUAAGGACGCCCCUCUUCAUCACGUCGCUGUGGAACACAUGCUACUUGUUGCUAGCUGUGAUUCUACAUCACACGCAUAAAGUCGACUACGAGCAAUAUUGCAGGAAGUCAGAGUGGUUCACGCCGCUCAACUAUAUUUUCCUCCUAACUGCUUUGGAACUCGUGAUAAUCGUGCCGGCUUACAUUAAUUAUAUCAAGAGAGUUAUGAGAUUCAAUCGAUUACGUCCAUCGCCCGACGUCACUCGCGACGAAUGGCUGUCGCCCUUUACACAGGAUUCCUACUCCGGAAUGGGGGAAAUCGGGUAUCGUCAGAGAGGGAGGAAUUUGGAGGAACUGCUGGAAAAGCAGGCAGACUUUAUAAGAUAUUUGAGGGAUCACAAUGUAAAGCUAAGCCAUAGAAUAAUGCUAUUGUCGUCUCACCGAGCGACAGAGACGUAAAACAGAAUUGUGAUUGCAUAUCUCUUUUACGAAAUGACAAAAGACGCUUAUUAUUAUUAUUUACAAUCGUUAUUUAUAAUUGGAGAUCAGAAUUUUAAUUUCUCGAAUGUGAUAUAUGACGUGUCUUUUAAUGAAAUUGAAUUCGAUAUGCAGUUGUAUAAUAAAAAUGUAUCAUCUGUUUAGAAAAGUCAUACUAAUAGUGCAUAAGUUUGCUAAAAAAAUACUUCUAUGUCACAUAUUUCAGAACUAUUUAAGUAAUCAUAAGUUCUGUCCGAUUCACGUCGUCGAGACAUCUCUAUCUAUUGCGUGGAGUGUAUUACUUUUAUAUUCUUCACAUGUACAUUUUUUUCAUUGUAUCCGUAGACUCAUUAUUGUAGAUAAUAGAUUUGAGUUAAACAAAUGGCACUGUGUAAUAUUUACGCAUAAGGUGUUAUAUGUUAUACCAAAUAAUAGAAGUCGAUAAUACAUCAAGAGUAUUUUGUAAAAAAUGUGAUAACAUAUUUAUAUUAACCAGCGACAAAAUUUUGCGCGCUUGAGAAAUAGAAGUUGUUACUGCGAAAGAAAGUGCAACUAUACGUUUCAUUGUCUCAACUCAAUAAAAUAUAUGUAUAUUUUUUCCAGUAGCAACCAUCAUUUUACAUACAUUAUUAUUUCGCAUACAUGAGGCUAUAUAAAUAAUUAGUCAAGCAGCGGUUUUCUCUUAAUAAUAAAACUCAACAGCGUGUCGUCGCGUAUCUCACACGUUACGAUUACAUCGAAAAUUUACAUAUAUAAAUCUCGAUUACGUUAACAUUAACUCGGCGUGAUAUAAUAUUACAUUGCAUUUUUCUUGAGUCUCCGAGAAGCAGCUCAUAUUUUUUUUUUCCCAUUGCAGCGAUAGAAAGCGGAACCGAGCUAAAAUAUUCGAGCUAACUUCGAGCCGCGGUUUUUCUCGCUCGCAAUUUUUUUUUUACUCACGCGAAAUCAAAAUCGCGUUCUUUUCACAGCGUUUCGUUACAAACUUGAUAAAUGUAUAUAUCAUAUACAGCCGCCUCUAUAACAUGCAGUCGUACGAAUAUAAUAGUAUAAGUAAAAACUACUGUAUGGUGACAAUAUAGGUUUUUUUUUUUUAUACGUAUCUGUAGUAUCUCUUAACGUAAUAGUAAACGUCCGUAGGAAUCUCGCAGCGGCAAAAAAAUAAUGCAGAUUUUUCGUUUCGCAUUCGUUCCCACGCGCUAAUCCACGCACAGUCUUCAUCCCGAGUACGUUGGAGAAAUUUAUUGCCUCGCAGUAUCACUUUCAGUCGCAAAAUUUCCUUUAAAGCAUCUUACGUUUCUGAGCAGCUAAAAUCAUUCCUGUCUAUUCCUUACGUAUUAGGACUGUCUUCUUGGUUUUGCACAAUGCGCCAGUCGAUGAUAACGGCGAUCAGGAUAUCUUUCCUGAAAUUUCUCUAUCGCGUCUAUUUUCAAGAAAGACUAGAAUAUUACCAAAUUAUUCACGUA